GCUGCCAGUUGUUCAUUCCAUUCGGGCCUUUCAAACAAAUCGGAAGUCCAUCCAAAAAACAUAAAAAAAAAACACCAAUUUUUUUUAUAGAAAUUUAAAGGCUGAAUUCCAUACAAAAGUGUCAGGAUUUCAGUAAGCAUGGACGGCUUCUACUGUAACAGCAACAACAACGGUUGCAGCUGCAACAACGGCGGCUACUGCGCGCCGAGUGCGAGAAGCGGCAACUGCGGAUCAUGCGGCAACUGCCCCGGUGGCCAAUGCCCCCGAAUGGAGGCGGGCGGCGGCGCGCGAGGUCGCAGCCAGCCGGGUUGUCCUGGCGGCAACUGUUGUGCCGGCGGACGUUGUCCGGCCGGAAAGUCGCGCUGUAAUCCGGACUGGCAGUAUGGUGGACGCUAGCACCAAAGAGUUGGCGCUUCCCAGCCGCGUAGAUUGAACGCCAUCGAAUGGACUUCCACGCUCAUCUUACCCGAAUAGCUGCACACCAGAACCAGAUUAGCUGAACACCAUAUUCCAUCCGAAUCGAGAGGAAGUAGAUCCGCUGGGGAACUCGGACACUCGCACACUUGCAUAUUUCCAUCAUCGCUGACGAGCAACAAAAUUAAAACAACACAUCAAAGUGGAAGGGUGUGUAUUAGUCUUUGGAGGAAAUGUGCUGAUGGGGAUAGAAAAUGGUUUUCCUUUAGAAACAUUCGGUAACUAUCUCUUACGUUCAGUAUGAGGUGUAUGUUAAAUAAAAAUGCUUCAUGGUGUGUUAACAUAGCUCAUUUUA